UGUCGCGGAGGGGGCGGGGACGGGAGAGCUUUGUCUGUGGCCUUUCAUGCAUAGGUGUUUUGGAAUUCUGGAUCCCAGUUCUGAGGCUCAGCCGAGGUCACUGCUGUCAGCUGAUCUCCCUGCAUGCCAGGCGCAGGGCAAAGUGGCUGGGGUUCCGGGUUGAAGGACAGGUGUACUAGAGACAACUUUGCGCUUAUCCCUCAGGAUUUUAUUGUCUACAGUGUAACGAUCCGUGGAGAAAGUAGCAGAUGGGUUUUUGCAACACCCCAGAGCCAGUAAGGUUUGGUGUUUCCCUUUCAAGAUGCCACUUUCAGACUUUAUUCUGGCCCUGAAGGACAAUCCCUACUUUGGGGCUGGAUUUGGACUGGUGGGUGUGGGUACAGUCCUGGCCCUUGCCCGGAAGGGUGCCCAACUGGGCCUGGUGGCAUUCCGGCGCCAUUACAUGAUCACACUGGAAGUCCCUGCUCGAGACAGGAGCUACGCUUGGUUGCUUAGCUGGCUCACCCGCCACAGUACCCGUACUCAGCACCUCAGUGUGGAAACUUCGUACCUUCAGCAUGAGAGUGGCCGCAUUUCCACUAAGUUUGAAUUUGUCCCCAGCCCUGGAAACCACUUUAUCUGGUAUCAGGGGAAAUGGAUCCGGGUAGAACGAAGUCGAGAGAUGCAGAUGAUAGACUUGCAGACGGGGACUCCUUGGGAAUCUGUUACCUUCACGGCCCUGGGCACUGACCGAAAGGUUUUCUUCAACAUCCUGGAGGAAGCUCGAGAGCUAGCCUUGCAACAGGAGGAAGGGAAGACCGUGAUGUACACAGCUGUGGGCUCUGAAUGGCGUCCCUUUGGCUAUCCACGCCGCCGGCGGCCACUGAGUUCUGUGGUUCUACAACAGGGUCUGGCUGACCGAAUUGUCAGAGACAUCCGGGAAUUCAUUGAUAACCCCAGGUGGUACACUGACAGAGGCAUUCCCUACAGACGUGGCUACCUGCUUUAUGGGCCCCCUGGUUGUGGAAAGAGCAGUUUUAUCACAGCCCUGGCUGGGGAACUGGAGCACAGCAUCUGUCUGCUGAGUCUCACAGACUCCAGCCUCUCUGAUGACCGGCUCAACCACCUGCUGAGCGUGGCCCCACAGCAGAGCCUGGUGCUCCUGGAGGACGUGGAUGCUGCUUUUCUCAGUCGAGACUUGGCCGCGGAGAACCCAGUAAGGUACCAAGGCCUGGGUCGCCUCACCUUCAGUGGACUGCUCAAUGCCUUGGAUGGUGUGGCUUCCACUGAGGCCCGCAUUGUGUUCAUGACCACCAACCAUGUUGACAGGUUGGACCCUGCCCUGAUACGCCCUGGGCGAGUGGACCUGAAGGAGUACGUGGGCUACUGCUCACACUGGCAGCUGACCCAGAUGUUCCAGAGGUUCUAUCCAGGGCAGGCACCUUCCUUAGCUGAGGACUUUGCAGAACACGUCCUUCGAGCUACAACCCAGAUCAGUCCUGCCCAGGUGCAGGGCUACUUCAUGCUGUACAAAAAUGACCCUGUAGGGGCGAUUCACAAUACUGAGUCUCUGAGGAGGUGAUUAGGCUGUGCUUGGCUCAGCUCUCCUCCUCUAGUUCAAUAAACAUCUGCCACACUA